UUAACUUGCGCAACUAUCGAUAAAUAAACAAACCUAGUAUAUUUUUUUUUUCCAGAUCAAAUCUUUCUUUUCCUCCAUUUUUCCAACCAAGAAAAGCUUCAAGAAAUUGGAAUAAUCUUUGAAUUAUUUCUCGUUUCAUAGUAUAAUCAGAACCUUACCUCCACUGCCACCGCCACCGCCUUCAGAAAAGAACCCUUUUCAAUCUUCAAGAUCCCCACCGUCUUCUUCAUCACCGGUACAAGGAGGUAAUCAAAGUACACCAAAUUGAUGGAGGAUUUGUUUGGGAGGAGGAGAUAGAGACGGGAACUGUUCUUGGUCAAAUAAAUCCUGAUCAGUGCUCUAGGAUGCUCUAACAUCUUUGCUGAGGGAUGAACGGCAAUCGAAACAUGUUUACAGCUUUGCUACCAAAAUGGGGGAGGUCUGGGAUGACAGAAUGUCAUAUGUUCAUCUCGGCAUGCUUCGCUGUUGUUUUAGUUGGAAUCUGUACAAUAGCUUACACCAUCUUCCAGUGGAGAAGAAACACUAGCAUUAGCUGGAUGAAACAAAUAGCUACGUCUUCUAAGAAAAAUCCAAAAGCAAAGCACAAAGUCCCGAUAGCCACACACACAUGGAGCUUGGAGUCCCUUUCGCGUGGGAAAAGUCUAAAUUGUUGUGUUUGUUUGGAAUCCGUAAGCCCAACUCAGCCUCUGAUGACCUCCAACAGCUUCAUUCACCGUUGCAAUGUAUGUGGUGCAGCCGCACAUCUAAGCUGCUCCUCAAAGGCGCAAAAGGAUUGUAAGUGUGUUUCGAUGACAGGGUAUGAAAACAUGAUUCACCAGUGGGCUGUCAGGUGGACAGAGAUUGCUGAUCAACCAGAUGAAACUUCCUCCUGUAGUGUUUGUGACGAGCCUUGUAAUGCAUCGUUUCUUGGUGGUUCUGCAAUCUGGUGCUGCUUGUGGUGUCAGCGGCUUGUUCAUUUUGAGUGCCAUGUUAAUGUGUUCCAUGAAUUGGGUGAUAUUUGUGAUUUGGGUCCAUUCAAAAGGCUCAUCUUAUCACCACUCUUUGUUAAGGAAUUGAGUCGUACUAGCUCAGGUGGUUUUCUGAGUUCAAUCACGCAAGGAGCUAAUGAGCUUGCAUCUACAAUGCGUGUGCGCAUCAAGAGUCACCGCAAGAAGCACAAGCGUGGGAGUGAAACCUCUAUGGAUAGUACAGCAAAUACAUCAAGCACCUGCGAUCAGUCAAUGGAGAGUACUGCUGAUACUGAUCAAACACCAAAAGGUUUGUAUGGAAAUGGUGAAAGUUGUAGUGGUAAUACAAAGUUGCAGGUAACUCAUGAUGGUGGUGAAAUGAAUAACAAGGUGGACCUGAAGCCAAAUUACCAAAAGGUACUAUCAUCCAAUCAGAGAGACGAGUCUCAGGUUUUAGGGAUACAACAGAAAUAUGAGUUGAUAGAUUUGCCUCCAGAUACAAGACCACUUCUUGUUUUCAUAAACAAAAAGAGUGGGGCCCAACGUGGCAGUACACUCAGGCAACGUUUGAACAUCCUUUUGAAUCCUGUUCAGGUCUUCGAAUUGAGCGCCACACAAGGACCAGAGGUUGGCCUUUAUUUAUUUAGAAGGGUACCUCAUUUCAGGGUUCUGGUAUGUGGGGGGGAUGGUACAGUCUGUUGGGUUCUUGAUGCCAUCGACAAGCAAAAUUUUGUAUCUCCUCCCCCAGUUGCAAUUCUUCCUGCAGGGACAGGGAAUGAUCUAGCAAGGGUUUUGUCCUGGGGAGGUGGUUUGGGUGUAGUGGAGAGGCAAGGAGGACUUUGUGCGGUGUUGAACCACAUAGAGCAUGCAGCAGUCACUAUUCUUGAUCGAUGGAAGAUAACAAUAACAAACCAACAUGGGAAAGUUCAAUCACCAAAGUUCAUGAAUAACUAUCUUGGAAUUGGGUGUGAUGCAAAGGUGGCUUUGGAUAUUCAUAAUUUGCGGGAAGAGAAUCCAGAGAAGUUCUAUAACCAGUUUAUGAACAAAGUGCUUUAUGCUCGUGAAGGUGCAAGGAGUAUCAUGGAUAAUACGUUUGAAGACUUCCCUUGGCAAGUCCGAGUAGAGGUGGAUGGGGUAGACGUAGAGAUCCCUGAGGAUGUGGAAGGUGUACUUGUUGCUAAUAUUGGUAGCUACAUGGGAGGUGUGGAUUUGUGGCAAAACGAGGAUGAAACUGAUGAUAAUUUUGAUCCUCAGUCCAUGCAUGACAAGAUGCUAGAGGUUGUCAGCAUAUCAGGAAUGUGGCAUCUAGGAAAGCUUCAGGUUGGACUUUCACGAGCCAAACGACUUGCACAAGGGCAAUCUAUCAAGAUCCAUAUCUGUGUUCCCUUGCCAGUCCAAGUGGAUGGCGAGCCUUGGUUUCAAGAACCGUGCACAUUGACUGUAUCACACCAUAGCCAGGCAUUCAUGCUGAAGAGGGCUACUGAGGAACCUCUUGGUCAUGCAGCUGCCCUGAUAGCUGAUGUACUCGAGAAUGCUGAAAGCAGUCGUGUCAUUACUGCCUCCCAAAAGCGAGUCCUGCUUCAAGAAAUGGCAUUAAGGUUAUCUUAGCGACAGAGAAUAGUUUACAUCCCAAACCACAUCAGUAUUUGAUUGAUCUUUAUGGGUUUUUCUUAGCUCUCACUGUAUCUUAUGGAAAUUGUACAUUUUAAAUCGUUAAAUAGUAGAGCACAGUACUGGGCGAAGUCCCUGAUUUCUGGGCUAGGAUAGCCUAGUUAAAUGUGGAAAUAGUCCUCGUGUUCAGCCAGUGGAAGUAUGUCAUGUGUCUAUGGUUGUUUACUGUAAAGAAAAGCAUUGUCACUCGG